UAUGGCGUUAUUCGUACUCGUCUAGGUGUAGUUGGAUAGUAAAAACAUAUCAUAGAGAUUAUAGGCGAAGAUGUUUUCGGAAAGGACGUUGUAAAUUAAGACAAAACUGCAAAUCCUUUACUUUUCUUUGAGAGAUUUUCGUGAAUUGUUGGAACUCAACUCUCAACUGAUUUGGCUUGUCAAGCUGCUGUUUGUUUAAUAUUUUUGUUGUAUGAACAGCUGUUAUCGGAAUUGAAGGGCACAUUUGCGGUUUGCAGAGUCUCUGCUUUAUAUGUAGAUCUCGUUCCAAACUAUUCCAUUUGCCGCAGCCGUUUACUCUCGUCUCAGGUAGAAGAAGUAAGGCAGCACCUGAUAAUCUCAUGCAAGUUUGAUGGAUAUUGUACAUGUGUCCCAUAUGGACGGUAGGCGCUGAGAUGGAAACCUCGGCCAGAAGAAGAACCAAGGAUGAUUCGUUGGCCAAGGAAAGCACUGAAUCCGAAGCGCGUCUCGAUGGAGCAAGAGUGCCGACGGAAAAUCCUCCCUUUACUCUGAAAGAUUUAAAAGAUGCCGUACCACCACAUUGCUUCGAGCGAUCUCUCCUGACUUCGAGUUUGUAUUUAUUGCUGGAUUUGACCAGCGUAUUUGUGUUCUAUGCAGCAGCAUUCUGGGCAUUUAACGCAUCUUUGCCGGUUUAUGUUCACGCCGUAUUCUGGCCGGUGUAUUGGAUAUGUCAAGGUUGCGUUGGAUUCAGCGUGUGGAUCAUCGCGCACGAAUGCGGUCACUACUCAUUCUGUAACAACAAGCGGAUCUGCGAUAUCGUCGGGCUAAUCUUACACACUGCACUUUUUGUCCCGUAUCAUUCAUGGCGUUUAUCGCACGCGAAACAUCACCGAAAUACCAAUCGAAUGGACGGUGACGAAGCGUUCGUCCCUAACACAAGAAGCCUUUUAAGGUCGGAGAACGACUUAGAAUUUCCAAAUAUCUUCUUCAGGUGUUUUCAUAUUGUUAAAUACCUAACUAUCGGUUGGCCGGCGUAUCUUUUUUUUCACGCUCGCGGCAGACCUUAUAAGGCAAACCGUCUGCGACCGAGUCAUUUCAAUCCAUAUGCUCCCAUUUUCUCUCCCGGUGAUUUCUGGGAUGUGAUCGUAAGCGAUGUGGCCUUGCUCGUGUGGAUUGGUAUCCUGUACUUUCUCAGCGCUCAUGUGUACUCGUUUGCAUGGUUGGGGUGCCUGUACGUGGUGCCCCUCAUGAAUGUUAACAUGUGGUUAGUAAUAGUUACCUACCUACAGCACUCCGAUGUUAGGGUGCCGCACUACGCCGACGAGGAAUGGACUUGGCUUAAGGGGGCGCUGUGCACUGUCGACCGGGAUUAUGGAAUCCUAAACUAUGUGUUCCAUCACCUUACGGACUGCCAUGUAGCUCACCACUUGUUUUCCUACAUGCCCCACUACCACAUGGCGGAGGCCACUGAAGCCAUUAAGCCUGUACUUGGACGGUAUUACGCCUAUGAUGGAACCCCCUUUUGGAAAGCAUUAUGGAAAACUGACAGCUACUGUCGAUUUGUCGAGGACAGCGGCAAAAUCUUAUGGUAUAAAUUCUUGCCUGAGCAUUGAUAUAACUACCGAAACUGCGAAAAAUUGGUUGCAUACUAGAAAAAUGUUGAUAGUCACUGCUGUUUACUUGAGGAGAACGGAAAAAUGUUUGGUUUCAGUUCUUGCCAAAACAGCGAUAAAACACUUAAACUACGAUUCGAUUUCACUAACUUAUAUUACCAAACGUUGAAAAUAUCAAGCCUGGAAAGUUUUUAUCAGAGCUAUUACUUAGCCAUCAAGUUGUUUGCGAUAAUUUCUUGCUCUAUGAUGACAAAAUAGAACUUUCAUCAGGUAUUUGAUACUAUGGAGGCAGUUUUUGCAAAAUUUAGCAGUUCUGUAAAAUGAUUAUUAAUUCAUGACAGCGAACUAGACGAAAUUGUCAGUGCUUGUCUUCCUUUAUACAUUAUAAAUGUACACAAUAAAAUCCAGGUUUUUUCCUCA